AUGCUACAAUGUUCGUUUCUUUCUGAUCUAUAUGAUCGAGGACUUUUACCUUCGCGGAGCGCCAUCGAUUUUAGACAAAAUCAUGUCACCAUCGUGCCUGCCAGUUCGAUCAUUGACAUUGAUCCCAGGGUCUGGCGCAAUGGAGGAUUCGCUGAUACUGGUUUCCAGCAUUUCGACAGACCUGUCGAGCUGGCAGGCAACGGGCCAGUCUCUAUUAGACUGGCCACCUUUAACGACCUGUUCUUCCUGGCAAUCGAGUAUGCCAACACUGACGAGUCGUAUCGAGGUAUCAAUCCUCUUCAAGACAUGUCAAUUAUCAAUCGUUACGGGCCCGUAUCUGUGGUGAAGCUGCUCAAGCAGAUGUGGGAGAUCUAUGAUUCUCUUGGUCUCCUCCUGUUGAAAUACACUGCUGAAACGCCACCCGAGAAGAUGGAUCUUUCGUCACAGCAGCUGGGCGCCGUCCAUGGCGCCCUGGCAACGGCCAUGAUGAACACUGCUUCAGAAUGCCUCAAUCGGCGAAUCAUGGAAGUGGCCAAGGGCGACGAGUACGCCCAAGACCCAAACAUUGAGGACAUGUUCGAGGUCAUCGGCCUUCAUCACAAAGCCGAAGUGUUUCUGAAAGCUCUACGGGGGGAAGCAGAGAUUGAGAACAAGGUCAGGAUUUGGCAAAGCUAUCGCGACGACGUGUCCUUCCUGCGCGCUAAAGUGGAAAAAUGCCUGUAUUUCAUGAAGAGUAACGUGGACGUGGUAGACCUGGACCUGGAUUAG